AUGGGAAAUAUCGUACCCCAAAUAAGAGGCAUCUCCCUCGGGCAGGAUCACCUCUGGAAGAUGAAGCAUACGACGUUCGAGAAGCACGGUCUUGAUAUCGUUUCCUCUAUUGGCUUCUUCCCCAAAGCACGCGCAAGUCUGUGGGUGGCUGACGCCAUGGUCAUCAAGGACAUGGUCUGGUCGCGCAGGUUCCCCAAGCCUCUCUUCCAGUACAAGAUCCUGACCUUCUUCGGCGAGAAUAUCGUUGUCUCUGAAGGCGAGGAAUGGAAACGGUACCGCAAGAUUGUCGCCCCCGCAUUUUCGGAGCGCAACAACAGACUAGUAUGGGAUGAGACAACACGGAUCAUGCUGGACUUGUUUGAUAAUGAGUGGAAGGGGAAGCAGGAGGUCGCGGUAGAUCACGGUGUAGACCUUACUCUUCCGCUCGCGCUUUUCAUAAUUGGCGCUGCAGGCUUCGGACGCCAGAUCUCUUGGGCAGAGGACGCCAUCGUGCCCCCAGGACACCAAAUGACCUUCAAAGAAGCCCUGCACUUCGUCACGCAAAACCUCGUCAUCAAGCUCACCGUACCCAAAUUCGCACUCGGAUGGACGAAGGUGUUUCGCCAAACGCGUCUUGCAUUUGAGGAGCUCCAUCAAUACCUCGACGAGAUGAUCAAGGAGCGUCGGUCUUCUGAGAAGUCCACGGAGACGCACGACUUGUUCAGCAGUUUGCUCAAAGCGAACGAGGACGACGGCGUGCGCGAGGGCGAAGUGAAGUUGUCGAACAGCGAACUGAUAGGGAACAUCUUCAUCUUUUUGGUUGCUGGACAUGAGACUACGGCCCACUCCCUCUCUUUCGCACUCGCCAUGUUGGCACUCUACCCUGAUGUCCAAGAAAAGCUCUAUCAGCACAUUAGCAGUGUGCUUCCCGAUAGGCGCAUACCGACGUAUGACGACAUGCCUCAGCUGACUUACUCCCUCGCCACAUUCAACGAGUCCCUGCGGAUGUUCUCCCCCGUGACUGCCGUGCCCAAGCAGAGUAACCAGGACACCACCCUCGUUGUGACGGACACAAACGGCGAGAAGCGCACGAUCAACGUCCCCAAAGAUACGAUCCUCAACCUUGACAUGCCGGGGGUGCACUACAACCCCAAGUACUGGGAAGACCCGCACACGUUUAACCCCGAGCGCUUCCUGGGCGAGUGGAACAGGGACGCGUUCAUCCCGUUCAGCGCGGGCUACCGCGCGUGCGUGGGGCGCAAGUUCUCCGAGGCGGAGGGCACGGCUGUGCUGACGCUCCUCAUCUCGCGCUAUCGCGUCGAGAUCAAGGACGAGCCGCAGUUCGCGCACGAGACGUGGGAGCAGCGCAAGGAGCGCGUGCUCAGGGCGGAGUCGAGGGUCACUCUUGCGCCGGUUCGCGUGCCGCUUGUGUUCAAGAAGCGAGACUGA